GCUGGGAAGCCCGGCGGGAAGCAUGGAGGUGCAGGGAGAGCCCCCCGCCAGCCCCCGCUGCUCCGCGUCGCCCCGGAACUGCGCGGGAGUCCCCGUGUCCAAGGAGCUGCUGACUGCGGGCAGCGGCGGCGGCCGAGGUAUAUGGGACAGGUUGCUCAUCAACUCCAAGCCAAAUUCCAGAAAGACUUCUACUCUUCAAACAGUCCGCAUAGAGAGGAGUCCCUUGUUAGACCAAGUGCAGACUUUUCUCCCGCGGAUGGCGCAGGCAAAUGAGACACUAAGAAAAGAAAUGGCAGCUGCGCCUCCUGGUCGUUUUGAUAUUGAAAAUACUGAUGGGUCCCCUGGAAAAGUCAUACAAAUGGACGUGGCCUUGUUCGAGAUGAAUCAGUCGGAUUCAAAAGAAGAGGACAGUUCAGAAGAGGAUUCACAAGACAGUUCAGAGGACAGCUCAGAAUCUGAAGGUGAAGGUGACAGCGCCUCUUCAGAAGUCACCAUCGAAAAUAUUAAGCUGCCUCAUUCGGAAGGUGGAAAAGGCAAGAUAGAAGUUUUGGACAGUCCUGCCAGUAAAAAAAAGAAGUAGUGGAAUAAAUGACGUAAGAAGCAGGAGAGCACUACCUGCUCAUCCCUGAAAAAGUGGCUCACUGGUUAUUUCGCAUCUCAGGUACCUGUGAUGCCUUCUGCAACAGCAUUUGUUUCUCAGAAGAGCAAAAGUUGGCUUUUCAGGCAUUGGAAGAGGUGGCGUUUGGGGAUCUUUGCAGAGUAAAUGGUCUUCGAUCUCAGGCUAAGGCGAGUGUUUUGCAACCUUAACUAUGUGUAUGAUGAUGAGUGCAUUUGUCAGCAUCUUCCCCUUUAGUCUGCCCGAACUUCAGUAAUAACAGAUGUCUUUGAAAGUAGAUGUGCAAACCACCUGUUCUUUUUUGUUUAAGAUGAUUCUAUUGGAUAAAAUAGCCUAAGUUUUUUUUGGUUUUUUAUUUUUUUAGGUUAUUAUGAAGUCAAAUUUAUUUGUCAUCAUCAAAAUGGGUCCAAUGAGGGCCUUUUUUUUAAGAGAAAUAAAUUUUACAAAGACAAGGAUUAUUCACAUUCAGCUGACUACAGGCAUAUCUUCUUUCAUUAAAAAAAAAAGCCUUUCCAGUUUGAGCUGUGUUUGAAUCACUGUGGUUGACUCACCACUCCACAUGUAGAAUUUGCAGGUUUAAUUAUUCAUGGGUUUUUUGGUUUUGUUUUCUUUUUAUCAUGAAACAUUUUUUUUUUUUUGGUCCUAGCUACUAAAACAAUGCUACAUAGUUGUCCACUGUUUUCAAACCUAUCAAAUGUAGAAAGCAGGAAUGGCAAUGGGAGAAAAUCCAGGCGAGCAUAGUACAAAGAUGGCAACCACUGGGUUUCCCUUUCAACUAGCUCUUCCCCAAUUGCGUGAAGAAAUGAACAGAUGUGGAAAUGAUCUUUCUCAGCUGGAAAGGGUACUCGACUGUAUGUUGUAGCACCAAACACAAGUGUGAUGAGGGAUUGGUGUAAAUAUUUAAUGAUUACCUUACCACCAGAUAAUAUAAUAUGCUGCAUUGUGAGAAGAGUUGAAUUUGUCCAGUUCACUUGUUAACGUGGUGCAUGGUACACAGUAGGCACUGAAUAAUGUUAGUAACUGGGUUAUCAGAUAUAUGAGGGUAUAUAGGACAUCUUAAGCCACAAUGGACUACUCCAGGCAGGGGGAUAUGAAGGUAGAAUGUCACAGAGAACACAUAUCCAAGUCAAAAUAGACACACUAAUUGGUAGAAGAGAUUAGUCAUUCUAGAAAUACUACCUACUAUGUAAAAUUUUAAUGUUUUUCUCCUGAUAUGACUAUCUCAUCUACUAAAACUAUGCUUCCUGUACAGUUGAGGAAGUCAGUUAAAUUCAAACCCUCUGGACAUUCUUGUGACGUAAGGGAAAAAAACCAUAAAAUUUAACAUAUGAUAAGGAUGCUAUUUUAAGUGUAAAAUAGAUCAUGUAUUUAAUAUACAAUGUCAAGACUGGCUCACUAUUUUAAGGCUAGAUUCUAGCCUCAGUAUGCUAAGAUAAAGUAUUAAAGAUAGAAGAAAGGUACAGAAAUAAAACUCUGAAAGUUCUAUUGCUAAAAUAAGAAUAUCAAAGUCUGAAAUCAUAAAGGAAAGGCGCAGAAAAAUUCACCCUCAUAAAUAUUAAAAAUGACUGAGUGGCAAAUUUAAAAGAUAAGGGAUGUAUUAGAAAAAAUAUUUGCACAGUGAGAGUGAUUAAUAUAUAAAGGGCUCUUCCAAGUUAGUAAAACAAGGAAGAAUGUCUCAGUAGUGAAAAAGUCCUAGGAAAUGAACAAAUAAUGUACAGAAGAAAAGUUCAGCCUCAUCCAUCUAUCAAAAUGCAGAUAGUAUACUUUAUCCAUCAAACAUCGUAUACUUUACCCAUCAAACUGGCAGAUGAACCAGAGCUAGUAUAUGCUGCGUUCUUUCUGUGUCAGCCACUGUUGUUAAGCGUUCUACGUGUAAGAGUUAAUGUUCACACAUACACAAGAACUCAUUAAGUUGUACAUUCAACAUGUAUGCACUGGCUGCAUAUUAUAUCUUAAUUGUUUCGUUUGUAAGCAGUUUGCCCUACAGUCUAUUUGGAAAAUGAGUCACUAUCGUGCUUUCUCUGCUUGAUGCUGAGCUGUGACAAUGGCUGCCGUUUACAGAAUGGUUUGUUCCCCCUCAGAUUGAUGAAAUACUCUCUUCACACCUGCGGGGUACAUCUUCCUGUGGCUCCAAUCUUAUUUCAGAGUUAAAAAAGUAAAAAAAAAAAUUAGUGGUGUUGUCUUUGAAGAAAAUCCUUCAUUCUGAAUGAAUCUCCCAUCUGUUUCCAUACUAUUUUCAUCAUGCGUCAAACAUGGUAUAUUAAAAGGGAAAAAAACUGCCUUGCAAAGUAGUUUGUAUUCUUGUAUAUCCACUGUGGUAGGAAAGACAAGAAAAGACGUGAGUCUUCUUUCAUUUGUAUUUUCCUCUGUGCCUAGGGUUAGUGCCUUUUACUAAACUGGAAUGUACAGUAAGUUCAUGAAACCAUUUUUCUCUUUAAUAAAGUAAUUUACCUUAAACAUCUAUGGUUUACAAUCCUGAAGGGCAAAAGACAGGUUAAACAUGGAUGGUAGACUUUUCAUGGAAAACCUUGGCCAGUGAUUGCUGGGAAGGGAGGAAUGAGGAAAGUUGUUAGGAGACCUUUGGACAGGAAGGUACUUUUCACUUUUGAAAGAGGCCUAUGAAGAGAUGGUUCCUUUCUUCUUUCAGAAGGAAGGACUUGAGGGUUCCUGGUGGCCUUGAGGAUAAGUCUCGAUGCUAUCACCUCUAUGGCCUGAGUUCAUCCCCGGCCAGGGAGGUAACCCACAUGGCACAGCAGACCUCUCUCGCCUGCUCCUCCCAUCAGCAGUGAAUUUUAGUACAUCCACCUGUUCUGCUCCCCACUCUGUCUCUGGUGAAUCCUCUCACCCCUUGCACCUCUGGCCUAAACCCCAGUUUAAU